UCGAACUCCGAACCUCUCGCUUACAAAGCGAGCGCUCUUACCACUACCGCAUUGACGUAAAAACAAAACACUACCGCAUUGACGUAAAAACAACUUGACGUAAAAACAAAAAAAGUGGUCGCACGAAAAGGCACAAAGUCAAACGAGUAAAAAUCGAGAGUCAAUUACUGUUAUUGCAUGUGUGAAUGCACAGGGCAAGUUCAUUCUAUCCCAGAUUAUAGUGAAGAGAAAGACAUCCGGGUCUUUAUUGGGUUUUAACACUGAGUUCACGCCUCCGGGAACAAAUUGGAGCUGGUCCAAUUAGUGGUUGGACUAAACAGAGCCUAGCAAAACUUUGUUUUACCAAGACACUUUUAGAAAACGUUGGUCCAUAACGUCCUCAGUUAUUUUGUUUUUGUUUUUGUUAUUUAGGUGCUCUAUGAAGACCUAACGGUCUUGUCACAGAGCACCGUGGAAGUGCAUUUAACCAGGAAGUUCACGCUUUCUUCCUUACCGCGACGUGAAAAUAUGUCCAGAGCUCGUUUCGAACCUCGAUUUCCUGCUUAUAAAGCAAGCGCUCUAACCACUGUGCCACGGCCGCACAAUUUCAUUCUUGAUGGACACAAUUCUAACAACUUUAUUGAGCUAAUUGAUAUUGCUAUUCAGAACCAGAUACAUAUUGUUGAAAUGCCUUCACACACAUCAAACUGGCUUCAACCAUGCGACCGCACCUUAUUCAAGCCACUGAAGGAUUAUUAUCGCUUUACAGCACAAGAUCUGAUGGGUCAGUUUCGAGGAAUUAUUACUUUUUGUUCAAAUUUUGCAGGGAUAUUUGCUUGGGAAAAAGCAACAACUUCUAGCAACAUUACAUCUGGGUUCAAGUCGUGUGGAAUUAAUUCAUUUAAUCCUCAGGCUAUUCCUAGUGAUGCAUAUUUACCAAACUAUCUACACAUAGCUGAGGAUAUAUCAGUUAAUACAACUGAAAACAAUUGUUCUUUGACGUUGAUGCUUCUAUAGAUGCUGGAAAAGUUGCUAAUUAUCUAGAACAAUUACAAAAUGGCACUGAAGAAGACAACGCAAUUGUUGUUCGUAAUAAUCAACUUUUAUAUUUAGUCAAUCCAGUUGAAGAAAAAAAUGUUGACUGCAUUGUGAAUAGUUUUACCAAUCUUACUAAGCAAAAAAAAAAAGAAAUCUUAGAACCAUCAAACGAUGGAAAGAUAUUGGCUAAGAAAGAAAAAAUUAGAAAAUCGUGCCAACAAGUCUAUAACAACAACAAAAAAGAAGUUCAUUUUAUUAUCACCUGAAUAGCAACCAUUGGUUGAUCCCGAGAGCAAUACUGACUAAUAUGUACUAAAUAUUUGGCAAUAUUUUUUA